AGUCGUCCAUUCUCCGUUCCCCACGCAAUUUCGCUGUGGCCGACUCCCUUCCCCACCCAACCCUUCACCGCCGCCUGUCCGCCGGAAGCAACGAUCGGAGCUUUCUCCUUGGCUCUCUUCGUUCACUAUCAUCGGUAACAUUCUCCACUGCUUCGAUCCGUCUCCCUUCUCUCUAGAUCUUGUCGACGUAGGACACAUCUCCCUCGCGAUCUCCGUCUGUUGGGGCGAAGCUUCUUCGAUAAGAACCGAAGAAUCAGUUAAAUUUGGAGAGGAAAUGGGAGAGUUGGAAGGAAAGAAGCAUGUGCAAUAUAUUGUUUCUGUAGAAAAGAAGAAAGACAGUUUUGAGGCUCUGGUGAUAGAGCAUUUGAGACUGAAUGGAGCAUACUGGGGUCUUACUACACUUGAUUUGCUUAAUGAAAUUGAAGCUGUGAAACCAGAUGAAAUUGUGCAGUGGAUUAUGCAAUGCCAAGACAUAGGUUCUGGAGGCUUUGGUGGAAAUGUUGGACAUGAUCCACAUCUUCUAUACACACUAAGUGCCGUGCAAGUUUUAGCCCUUCUUAACAGACUUGAUGUUCUUGACAUUGAUAAAGUUUCGGAUUUCCUCAGAAUGAUAGUUCAACUGUAUCUUUUGGUACACUUAAGUUUAUAUUUAGAUGUGGCCGGGUUGCAGAAUGAAGAUGGCUCCUUCUCUGGUGAUAUGUGGGGUGAAGUUGACACUAGGUUCUCUUAUAUUGCGAUAUGCUGUCUCUCACUGUUGGGUCAGCUAAGUAAAAUCAAUGUGGAGAGUACUGUAAAUUACAUUGUAAGUUGUAAAAACUUGGAUGGUGGAUUCGGCUCUAUACCUGGUGGGGAGUCACAUGCUGGACAGAUCUUUUGUUGUGUGGGUACCCUUGCAAUCACGGGAUCUCUGCACCAUGUCGACAGAGACCUUCUCGGUUGGUGGCUAUGUGAACGGCAAUGCAAAGAUGGAGGAUUGAAUGGCCGUCCUGAGAAACUUGCUGAUGUCUGCUAUUCUUGGUGGGUAUUAUCUAGUUUAGUUAUGAUUGAUAGAGUACACUGGAUCGAUAAAGAAAAACUCACUAGGUUCAUCUUGAACUGUCAGGACAAAGAGAAUGGAGGAAUUUCAGAUAGACCAGACAAUGCAGUAGAUGUCUAUCAUACCUACUUUGGGGUAGCAGGCUUGUCUCUGCUGGAAUACCCAGGAAUAAAGUCGAUCGAUCCUGCCUAUGCCUUGCCCGUCGACGUGGUAAAUCGAAUCUUUUUCAGUAAGUGAAAUAAAUCAAUCACACAAGCAACUGGAGCUAUGUUUCUGCUAACAGCUUGAUAAUUUAAAUGUUACAAUGCGAGUGUCCCUGCCCGGUGCACCAUCUUUCAAAUGGUUAUCAAAAAUGAAAAUGGUUCUUAUUGGAAUUUGAUGUGUUACAUAACUCUGUAUCUACAAGUUCGAGAUCAAAAUUUUCGCCUAUUUUGCAUUGUGGACAUUGUAUAAUAUUGUUUGAAACAAAUGGAACGGUUUGAGACAUAUAAAACAGAUAUUGACUCUACUAAUUGGGGAACUAGAUAUAAAUCUUCUUCA